AUGUUGCUGCCCGACGAGACGGCAGCUGCCCCUGCGAAUCCUUCCAAUCACGAGAACCCCACCUCAAGUGUCCCCAGCAGCGAGCAACCUAUUCGACCUCUCCCUCCCAACAGCACGAUUGUCCAUAGUGAGACCGUUGAGAACGGCACCGUUCAGACCGUCCGCCAGAUGAUGCUGGGCACCUCUUUCUUCUCAAAGAUGUCUAGCAUGUCUGGGCUCAGCUGCAAAGACUCUAAGAACGGGCCUCAGGGAUUCAGCAAGCGCUUUGCUGCUCUGCUGGACCACAAGGUUGAGAUCCGUCACCUGUCCGAGAACAAAGGGUAUAGGAGGUACGGCUCUUACCCAGACUGGCCCACGGCGAUGGAACAUUUCCAGGGGCAGCCUCAUGGAGAGGAGGUUUUGGUAGAGGGGAGGCCGUGCAAACCGUACCUGGACAUGGAGAGAGAUGGCGGCCUGCCGGAGGGGGAGACUCUUGAGAGCGUCAUUACACAGUUCCAGGACGCAAUCAUGCGGAUCUUCAUAGAGGACUAUGGCGUGAAGCUUGACGAGGCGGCCUUCAACUGGGUUCCCUGCGACUACGGCCCGGGCGGCAAGUUCAGCCUGCAUCUCAUCAUUUCUACGCACACCCCGCAGCUGGUCUUCCGCUCCAAUCUCGCACACACAGCGGAUCCGCAAGGGGCAGGACAGCUCGCACGCAGGCUCGCUGAAGUUCUCUCGCCACACUUAGCGGAGCUGAUUGACCAGGGUGAGGUUGACUUCAUCCGGGUUCCAACUAUUGCGCCCGACGCUGUCAAGGAGUGUAGACCUCUCAAGAAGUCAGCGGACAUGGCACACCUCAGCCCACACUCUGCCAACGCAUACAACACCCAGCGCUGUCUCGAGCUUCUGCAAGGUCUGCACCCGACCGCUUUCAAGCGAGGCUCAAGCAACCAGCUCAACUUCAGCUGGACGGAUCGGGAUGGGCCUCUGUAUGCGGACGCGAAAAGUUGGAAAGCGGGAGCCGUGGAGGUCAAUAUGCGAUAUUUGGGCAGGGACCCAUUGGUUGCUGGUCCUAUGGAUCUGCAAUUGAUCCGAGCUGGAAUCAGGCAAAUGACGGACGACGUUGUCUUCAACAGGCAGGUCAACAAGUUUCAAGCAGGAGACUUCCCGGCUCUACUCAUCCGGAGCCCUAUGGACACCGGUAAAUCCACUAUGGUCAAGCAGCUCUCCUCCAAAGAGCCGAGGCCAAAAACAAAGCUCAUGGUGACAUACCGGCAAACUCAAGCGAGCGACGCCCAGGGAAAGAACCCAGACUACUUCCACUAUAACGAUCUGAAGAGCAUGCCGGGCCGCUUCAACGAGCAGGGGCAUUUUGUGGAGGCUCUGGCCGACCGUGAACAGUUUCCCAACGUCAUCUGCCAGUUCGACAGCUUGCCGGGCCUCAUCGCUGCGGGAAGAUUUCUUGCACCUUUCGAUCUGGUCAUUCUUGAUGAGAUCGAGUCCAUCCUCUCCCACCUGUCUGCUUCGACCUUUCGAAACAGGCAUUCCACUGUCAAUCUGCUGGUGGAGAUUCUGCGGCAAGCAAAGAAAGUCAUCGCGCUCGAUGGUCAUCUAGGCCAACGAACCUUUGACUUUCUCACAAUGAACGAGAUCAAGUGCGGGCCUGUAGUCAUCAAUAGAUUUCUCCCUGAGAGGCCCCUGGAGUUUGUGUUCGUCAACGGGAAGGAAGGGCAUGAGUACUGGCAGAAUACGUUGCUCGAAUCGCUACGGAGUGGAGAGAACUGCAUCGUGUACUCGAUGUCUUCGAAUGAGGUCGAUCUGCUAGAGAGAGUCGUCCUUGAGGAGAAGAUACUGUCUGAGGCUGAGAUCCUAAAGAUCACACGAGACUCGUGCGGUGCAGUCAAGAAGGGUCUCGAGCAGGUGAACGAGCAAUGGACUAGACGCUUGGUCAUGCUGAGCCCUACCGUCGAGGCUGCGGUGGACUUCAACAAACCCUGGUUUGCCCGAGCCUUCAUCUACAUGUGCUUGGGAAGCACCACGCCAAGAGGUUUGGACCAAAUGAAGAGCCGCGUCCGCAAGCUCGGAAACCCCUCAGUCCUGUGCUUUGUGCAACAAGGUAUUGCUCUGCCUGUGGAGGAGGCCCCCUCCAGGUGCAGAGUGACAACCAACGACUUGGACUUUGCAGAAGCACCUAUGGCCAACACUAGGGCAUGCAGCGGAGUGGACACUGCUAGCAUUGCAAGCUUUGUUUCGGCUUCCACGG